UGCAGUCGGCGAAAGGACUAGAGACUGAAAUGUCUGAGUGGUCAAGAGCGGUCAAGCACCGCUGAAUUGUGCCAUGCAGCUCCUUAAUCGCUGCUCCAGACUCUUGCGAAACCGUGGACAGGUUGAAGAGAAUUUUUAACUGGCUCGUUAUUAACAAGCGCUUAUUUUCGAAUCGCUCGCAGAGAGCACUCCAAGCCAACGCGAAACCAUCGUUCGUCAGCGGAAAUUUGGCUACGAUCUCAUUGGCCUCAUCUGCGGUUUUUGAAUUGAGAUGGAAUAGUUUCUCAACCGGAGUCAACCUCGGAUUGUUGACGUAGAUGGCCGUGAAAAGAUCACGGAAGGUCGGCCACCGCAAGUAAUCCCCACGGAAUACUUCGGUGUCGAUUGGAGGGAGCCGGCAGCCACUGGAGUACACAGGAGGAGCGGAUGCUUCACUCCUGGUUGAUUCGGAAAAUUGGGUAAUUUGCCCCUUUACAUGGGCGAGACACCGCUCAUACACUGCAUAGCAGUGGUCAUAUUUGGCCUCCAUGGCCUGUAUGCCUUCGUUGUCGCCGUCUCGAUGCAGUGCAUCAGCGCACGUGGCAUAAGCGGUCUCUACACUGUCCCAGAGGGCUUGCAGGCGGUCACGACGGAUCUCGUACGUGUGUACAUUGUCGUCUUCGGCUGCAGGCCCUCUGACCCGACUCUCAAAGUGCACCAGUCUGUCAGAGACGGCGAUGAAGUUGCUGAGAGCCAUCGCACGGGUGUUGCUAAGUUUAGCCUGGACGGAUCGUGUAGUUGCAGAAGAAGCAGACGGCGACGGACGAUCAACUUUGACUCGGAGUUGAGCGGCAGGAGUGUCGGAUUUGGAUCCCGAAGGAGCGGGCGAAGCGGACGACAGGCGACGAGCUGUGGUCGGAAGCUUUAAUGAAAGUUUAGAGUCCUUUUCACUCUUUUGGCUUUUGGACAUACUACGCUUCGGCAGCCGAGAGCAAGCACAAAAAAUGGAAAGGAACUUCGGCUAUCACAGGAUAGUGAACAAAGCCGACACAACUAUAUACGGAGUG